AAGAGAUAGUGCUGCUUAUCGGAAGCAAAAGUGGCGAGCGAAUCCGUGCGGCCAACAAAAUCCAAUGCAACGCUACUGACACCGUACAAAGCCACCUGAGGCUAACUUGGGUUUAUUUCAGACUUAAAUGGGUGGACAACCACUCCACAGACAGCCAUUUGUAUAAAAACAACAUUCAUAUACUGUGGCUUUAGGUCUCUGUGGGACUGAAAACAGAACAUUUGGGUCCUAAAAUGUUCCAUUUGUUGCUACUUUGUUUCCAUCGUUAUAGUUCUUCUCACCUGUCAAGGAAAUGUGUUCAGCCUGUUUGACGCCGGUGUAUCCAGUGGAAAAAAUGGUGGCCAAUAAACUUAUCCUGCACAACAGCUGUUUUUGCUGCAAACACUGUCAGAAGAAGCUCAGCAUUCACAACUAUUCCUCUCUUUAUGGCGAGUUCUACUGCAUGUCUCACUACCAACAGCUUUUUAAAAGAAAGGGAAAUUAUGAUGAGGGAUUCGGGCGCACGCAGCACAAAGACCGCUGGCUUCAAAAAGAUAAACGCAUGGAUGAACCUGACGCCGCACCUGCAGCAAAAAUGACAAAAAGCAACUCGGGCGCUUCCACGAGCGCCAGAGAGGAGUCGGCUGAAGUAUUUGUCGCAAAGACGCGUGAAACUGAGAUCACACGCGGCAGCCGUGCCGAUGUCAGGGGCAAACUGAAAGUUAAUUGGCCACCCGAGAAGACGAAGCGUCCUCUCGAUAUAAACGCAGCGGAUUUGAAACAAAAAGAUCACCUCGUGACGUGCGUGCAUGACAACGUGUCGGAAAUGAGGGAGAAAUAUCGGGCAAAGGACAGCACCUCGGAGGACAAAGCUCGCUUCGAGGAACUGAAAUUAAGGAGUGGUGCCACAAACAGGAAACAUUUUCAAAACAACAAUUCCCCGACAAAAGUUGACGUGCCUUUUCAUCUGCUAGGAAAAGGAAGCAGAUUCUCAGACGCGAAUAAGAAGCAGAUAGCAACUGCGCCUACCAACGAUACCAAAUUGAGUCAAGCAUCUAACAGAGUGGAUGCUACUUCGGAAAAAAAAAGGAAAUCUGUCUGGUUUGCACCAAAUGUUGACAUUUCUCCCGAUGAUAAGACUCGUCAGCUAGCCUCAGACGAUACAGAGGAGCAUGUCAGUGGGCUCCAAGUUAAAACCUGCAAGAGCGCAAAUGAUAAUUUGGGCAAAAAUGAAACCGAGCAAUCGAGUGACCUUGAAAAAAUACAGCAUGAACAUAAGCCCGCUGUCGAGGCCAAUGUUGAGCAAAGUCCAGGCAUGCUACAUCGCGAGGGCAAAAAAGAUGCACUUCUUGGUGACACAGGCGAUGAUGUCAAAGACAAUUCGACUCGUGUGACACAAGAGUCAUCUGAUAAACUGGACGUAGAGUUGGAAAAAGCAAAUCCUCUCACAAAACUAACUGAAACGCUCUCGGAAAGUGUCGGAAGUAAGGACGAUAGUACCGCGAAACGGGUUCUUGCAAAAACAAAUGCUCCUGUGAGUUCUGCGAAACAGACCGACAGGUCAAAGGUCAGACUAGGAUCUUGGUCGAAAGGAAGAAGCGCUUUGUCAAAGUUCUUUGCUGCCCGGGACACUGAAAAAAAUAGCAAGAUCGAAGCAAAAAGUGUCCAGAAAGCAGAUGAGAAGCCCGAUGUUGAACUCCCGGGAAAAGUCUUCCAGUCAUCCUCAGACCAGAAUGAAGACACCACAAAAAUGAGUACUGAGGAUGAGAAUACCCGUGCAGUCGAUACCAUCCGAGUCAAACCUCAGGACGGUGACUCAAACACGCUCGAGGGGACGAUUCGCACAGAGCCAGAUCUCCCAACGAGCCAAGCAAUCGAGGACCGAACUGAUCUGGUCCAAACAGACACCAGCGAGCAAGAUUCAAAUGCCACAGAUGACAGGAGCAGAGAGACGAGAUCCCCAGCGCUGGCCGAGCCUGAGACGGCGGACGGCAUCGGUCUUUCAUCCACGGACAGGCACGACUCUCUGGAGUCGACGGAUGAACUGCCCGUUGAACCCAACGGAGUUCUCGCUGCCAGUUCUGCCGCUGCUGAUCCGCCACUUCCUGGGAACAAUCAAGAUAAAGAUGAGCUUGAAGAUGCGACAAAACCAAAAGACAGAAACAUUCAGCACGACUCUCUGGAGUCAACGGAUGAACUGCCCGUUGAACCCAACAGAGUUCUCGCUGCCAGUUCUGCCACUGCUGAUCCGCCACUUCCUGGGAACAAUCAAGAUAAAGAUGAGCUAGAUGAUGCGACAAAACCAAAAGACAGAAAUAUUCAGCACAAGGCAUUUUUGAACGGUAUUCAAGAAGCUUCGCGAACCAGUCCGAAUCCUCUUGAUCAGUUCAUUUCCCAGGAGUGUUUGGAGGAGAACCCCGGGGAGGUGAUGCUUCCGGUCGCCAACAAUGCAUCCUCCGAGACGUUUAGCCUGCUUGACACUCAAACGGAAUCAAACCACAUUGAAGUACUUGAGCGGGUCGAGCAGCAAGCGGCCGCCAUCGGUCGGGAUGACAAUCAAGGCCUCGCAACUUUGACCUCCAGCAGCCUGACGUGCACUCAAGAGUCGGAUUUUGACUUGUUCAGCCCAAACAGCCGUUUGCUUAGCGACCAACAACCUGUUUGCGGCCCACCGGUCCUUGAUGAUAUCUUUGCAGUGGGCGAAAUGCCAGCGAGUGCUGAGCUUUUCGAUGCCGGUCCGCCGAAUGGGCUGUUAGAGUCGGCGACAAAACCCGCCGCUGUUCCGUCAGAUCUUUUCUCUCUUGACGUCUUUGCGUCGGGGACACAGUUGCUACCAAUGUGUCACGACCCAAGUGAUUUAUCUUCACCUUUGAAGUGCGUUACGGAAAAAAACAACGCCGAACAAACUGAAGAGAAUGAUGUGAACAACAGGAAGUGGAUGGAUGACUUGUUCGGAUAAGAGCGGCGCUCAAACGGGAUCACUCAUGUCCAUCUCUUUUUUUUUCAAGUUUUCUUUUAUUUUUUUUAAACAAGGGGUUUCUCAAGAGAAACAAACCAUUACGAUUUACAUCUUCAAUUACGUUGUGAAAUAUAAACUGCACUUUGGAAGAAAAUGAUUCACAAUUUGUUCCCUUUCCAGUCUUUUAGAUACUGCUUAUCAUGAUUUCGUUUGAACAAAUGCAGUUGAGCUCAGUGCAGUUUGGGAUUCUAGUUGCGUGCAAGGGACGACAAAUUUAGAACAUUUUGUGAAAAUUACUUGUCUUGAAUGUACCGUAUCAUUCCCGUUUGUAAUAAUCUAGCUACCAUAUGCUUAAGCGUCCCAACAUUUCAAUCAAACCUUUUUUUCGACCCUUGUGCAGGGUUUAUGAUGUCCUCGUGGUCAGGUCACUUCAAUAUGUGAUUUCAACUUGAAGUCACUCUUUGUUAAUUGUCGUACCACAAUGGAAAUAAACAAAGGGCGGAUCAUCUGAACAAAGAUAUGUUGCCAUUGUUGGGGAAAAUAAUUUUGAGUAUUAUCAUAAAUUUAAAAAAUGUGUGCCGGGCUCCAGGCUGCAAUUACAUGUGUGACUAAUGAAUAAAUUUGCUUCUUCAA